CCCUCUGCUCCCAGGUGCCUGCAGGAGCGGGUGGUGCAGAGCCCGCCCGCCGCCCGCCUCCUCCUGCAGAGCAGACCCCGGCCGCCGGCUCCUGCUGACGGGCUCCAAGUGAGCAACGCCCGGCUCACUUCUGAGGACAGCACCUUUCUUUCUCAAGAUGGACGUGCUGCUUAAGACGGGUUUCCGAGAGCCUCGCGGCAGAGCCUGAAGGCCGCCCGUGGUGGAGGUGUGGGCAUGACCUCCCGAGCGCCCGUCGCUGGCAUGGAGACCCACCCCGGAGCCUACGACGGCGCCCCCGUGGCGCUCAACCUGUCCCGCGUGCUGGCCGGCAGGGCACUAGCCAACCAGACGGGCGAGCUGGCGGCGCACCCGCACCCGCACCCGCAGUACGCCAUCGGGCUCUUCCUCUCCUGCCUCUACACCGUCUUCCUCUUCCCCAUCGGCUUCGUGGGGAACAUCCUGAUCCUGGUGGUGAACCUCAGCGCCCGCGAGAGGAUGAGCGGCCCCGACCUGUACUUCAUCAACCUGGCGGCGGCCGACCUCAUCCUGGUGGCCGACUCGCUGAUCGAGGUGUUCAACCUGGACGAGCAGUACUACGACAUCGCCGUGCUCUGCACCUUCAUGUCCCUCUUCCUGCAGAUCAACAUGUACAGCAGCGUCUUCUUCCUCACCUGGAUGAGCUUCGACCGCUACCUCGCCCUGGCCCAGGCCAUGCGCUGCGGCCUGUUCCGCACCAAGCAGCACGCCCGGCUCAGCUGCGGCCUCAUCUGGAUGGCCUCGGUCUCCGCCACGCUGGUGCCCUUCACCGCGGCGCACCUGCAGCACUCGGGGGACGUCUGCUUCUGCUUCGCGGACGCCAAGGAGAUCCAGUGGCUGGAGGUCACCCUGGGCUUCAUCGUCCCCUUCGCCAUCAUCGGCCUCUGCUACUCGCUCAUCGCCCGGGUCCUCGUCAAGGCCCACAGGCGCCGGGGCCUGCGCCCGCGCCGGCAGAAGGCGCUCCGCAUGAUCGUGGCCGUGGUCCUCGUCUUCUUCAUCUGCUGGCUGCCCGAGAACGUGUUCAUCAGCGUGCACCUCCUGCAGCAGGCGCAGCCAGGCGCCGAGCCCUGCCAACAGUCCUUCCGCCAUGCCUACCCCCUCACCGGCCACAUUGUCAACCUCGCGGCUUUCUCCAACAGCUGCCUGAACCCCCUCAUCUACAGCUUCCUCGGGGAGACCUUCAGAUUCAAGCUGCGGCUGUACAUGGAGCAGAGAACCAGCGUGUCGGCCCUGAAUCGCUUCUGCCACGCAGCCCUGAAGGCCGUCAUCCCGGAUGCCGAGCAGCCAGAGGUGAGGUUCAGCAGUGUGGCGUGACGGGAGCUGCUCCUGCACUCAGCACCGCCCGGGCGAGGGCGCCGAGGGGGUCAGGGCAUGCCAGGGCCUCUCCCAGCCGGAGCGCUGCCACCCUCGAGCUCUCAGGCACCUGCACCAGCUGCUGCAGAGCGGUGCCACCACCGUGCUCCCGAUGGCAGUCACGGAUGCCACUGGCCUGGGACCCGCGUGGCCCUCUCCGCGCAGACUGUCUCACGGCAGCAGCAAGGAGGGCGCUUUGGUGGAGCGCCUUCAUGCCAGGCAGCUCGCCAGGAGCCUGCCCCUCAGGAGAAAUGGAGCCUAAGGCUGAGCUGAGCUGGCAAGGCCACUGCCCCACCUGUGUCCGCACGCUGCGUGCCUGCCCAGUGCCUUUGGUCCCCAGGUGAGAGUGACACCUGUGCGCUCAGGCUGCCUGGGCACCAUCGCUCCCUCCAUUCCAUCUGGACGCAGCGUCUCUGCAGCAGCGGAGUGGAGGGGCCCCGAGGGCGGCUCCGGCACACGGCGAGACGCUCCAGCUCGUGGGGACAGUGGAGCAGUGAGAACGCCGUGAGAACAGUUCUGGGUAAAAUGUAAAGAGGUAGCACCAGUGGUGCUGGCACUGCUCAGCUCUGUCCAUAAA